AUGUCCCAUGCUUUCCCAGCCCAGCCCCUCGGAGCAGCUCCCAACCAGCCCCUCAGUCUGAGGUCCCACAGCCCUUUCCCCCUGAAAAACACUCUUUUUGGAACCUUUGAUCUGAAUGUUAGUCAUAUCUCUAUUUCUGUAUCUCUGAGGUUGGGCAGCGAUCCUUCAGGAAAACCCAUGGUCACCGUUAAUCACUGUAGAAGCUAUAUUGGCCAUGUGGGAAUCAGUAUUUCUGGAGACCUUAGCUGGCUGCUGAACCUGUUUCAGGGUAGAAUUGGGUCCAGUUUGAGUAGCGUCUUGGAAGAAAAGAUAUGUGGGCAAGUCAGAAGUUCAGUGGCCUCUUACCUCCAGCCCUAUCUCCAGACACUCCAAGUCACUGUAAAGAUUGAUGAGAUUUCCAGCUUGGAUUACAGUCUAUUAGGACCACCCCAGACAACCUGGCAGAACCUGGAUGUGAUGUUCAAGGGGGAAUUCUUCAGUAACACCCACCGCUCCCCCAUUCCUUUUAAUGCUCCUGCCUUGAACCUUCCUCAGGAGAACAACCACAUGGUUUACUUUGGAAUCUCAGAUUAUCUCUUCAACACAGGCAGCAUGGUUUACCAAGAGGCUGGUGUCAUGAACUUCUCCAUCACUGAUGACAUGAUUCUCACAGACUUGGGUAUCCAUCUGAGCACCAACUUGUUCAAAAGUCUGAUCCCCAAGCUGGCCGCAGCCUACCCCAAUAUGCAGAUGGAGUUUCAAGUGUUCCCUGCUACAUUCCCAAUCCUGACCUUCAGCCUUGGCAACGUGACAAUUACACCAAAGAUACAUGUGGAAGCCUUCGUCAUCUUACCCAGUGCCCUCCUCAAAUCUGUCUUCUGGCUUAGUGUGACCACUAAUGUGUCAGCCACUGUGAUGUUGACAUCUGGAAGAAUCACUGGAUCCAUCCAUUCAAGAAGGGAAGACAAGAGAAUGGGAGCCGGGGACGGAACCUAUUUCGCGGAGCUUGUUUCCGGGAGGGCCCGUUGCGGAACGGGACUGGACGCGCCUGCGCAGUCGCCGCGGGAUCCUGGAGUGAUCGAGCUCUCUGGGGACCCGGCAGGUGGUAACGCGGUCUCCUGGCAGCCGGCCGCCGGGUCGUCGCUCUCCGGCGCGGCCUUGCAAAGCCAGGAAGGUGACCACGGACGGACAGGUGGGAAGGAGUGA